UCGCUCGCUCGCUCUCCUGCCUACCGGCGCUCUUUUUCCAGGCGCUCCCUCCCAUGCCGAAGGUCGAGAGGGACCGUUAUUCGCACCGCCGUGGCCUCGGCUUGACAAAGGAGGACAGGGCAAGGAACCGGAGAGAAACGGGCGCCUCCGAGCCGGCUGUCUGUGAUCUGCUGCUGAAACCAGUCGGAGAGAGAGACUUGUCAGCGUCGCUCCGUAGGGUAGCGGACUCCUGCCUGAGCAUGUAAACCAGCCUCAGCCGCCCGCUUGCAAACUUGUCGGUUCAUCCAAGCCCUCCGUUUCCUCUUAACCUCGGCAGGGGACCAGCCGCUUCUGCGGUGGCUUUCCGAUGUUAGGUUGGUCAGCAUGUCAGAUGGUGUCGUGGCAGACAGCCAGGAUGCAACAUUAUCGACAUAUAAGAGAAAUAAGGUUAAUCCAGUGCAAGAAACAACUCAGGAGGCUCAUCUUUUGGACUUCAAAGAUAUCGAUGGUAGUGCACAAAAAGAAGAGGCAACUCCACUGAACAACUCUGUACAGGAAGUGCAAAAGUCACCAGGAAAACUGCGACAAAUAUGUGCUUUCCCUCCACAAGGCAUUGUUGCUGAAAUUAUAACAAAUGUGAUGGCAGCAGCACUGAUCUGGGCUGUAGUCUGGUCUGUUAUGGGCCAAGACAGUCUUCCUCGGGGGAGUGUCUUUGGAAUUUUGUUCCUCUUCUUUUGUUCUGUACUUGGUGGUAAACUUAUGGAGCUAAUUAAAAUACCUGGUUUGCCUCCACUCCCUCGUCUUCUUGGGAUGUUGCUUGCUGGGUUUCUCAUCAGGAAUGUCCCAUUCACUAAUACCCUAGUCCAGAUCAAUGUGAAAUGGGCAGCUGCCCUGCGAAACAUUGCACUGUCAAUUAUCUUGGCUCUCGCUGGUCUUGGCAUUGACCCAAAGGCUCUUAAUACAUUAAAAGCUGUCUGUUUCAGGCUAAGCUUGGGGCCUUGCAUCAUUGAAGCGUGCUCAGCAGCUGUCCUGUCUCACUUUAUCAUGCACCUGCCAUGGGAAUGGGGGUUUAUGUUAGGAUUUGUUCUAGGUGCCGUGUCUCCUGCUAUUGUCGUCCUGUCAAUGCUGAUGUUGCAGUCCAAAGGAUAUGGUGUUGACAAAGGCAUCCCAACAUUGCUAAUAGCUGCUGGCAGCCUGGAUGAUGUUGUGGCAAUCACAGGCUUCAACACUUUCUUAGGCAUGGCCUUUUCCACAGGCUCUCCCCUGAGGAGUCUCCUCCGUGGCUUAAUAGAAGUUGCAGUUGGUGCAGGAGCUGGUGGCCUUCUGGGAGUUUUUAUUUGGUACUUUCCAAGCAAGGAUCAGACAUACCUUGUAUGGAAGAGAGCAUUCUUUGUGUUGGGUCUUUCUGUGUCUACUCUUUUGGGCAGCAAGUAUGUUGGCCUCCCUGGAUCUGGAGGCCUCUGCACAAUUGUCUUGGCAUUUUUGGGCGGGCUGAGAUGGUCUGAUGAGAAGAGAGCAGUAGAAGAAAUUGUUGCAAUUGCCUGGCAAAUUUUCCAACCCUUUCUGUUUGGCUUAAUUGGAGCCGAGAUAUCCGUCGUCUCUCUUGGACCAAAAAUGGUUGGAUUUUGUUUGGCCACAAUGGGUUCAGCUUUAUUAGUACGAGUUACUGCUACAUUCCUGUUGGUGACUGCCUCUGGCUUUGAUUUCAAGGAGAAAGUAUUUAUUGCACUGGCAUGGAUCCCCAAAGCAACUGUCCAGGCUGCAAUUGGUUCCAUUGCUUUAGAUACAGCACGAGAACUACAGAAUCAUGAGCUAGAACAAUACGGCCUGACUAUCUUGACAAUAGCUUUCCUGGCAAUCUUGUUCACAGCUCCAACUGGAGCUCUGAUAAUUGGCCUGGCAGGGCCCUGCCUUCUCCACAAAACUGAUAAAAGCAGUGAAGAAGAUGGAAGAGGAACAGUUUCACCAAUAUAGGGAAGUGUCAGUGAAUACCCAAACUGGUGUUCCAGGCUUCCUAGGAAUCACAGUGCCCUAUACUGACAUCUGCAGAAUGCAAUGCAGGUCCUACUAAAACAGCAACCCAAGUAGAGAAAAAUAGAAUUACAUUAAAUCAGCACCUAGGUGUCUCUUCAUCCUUUACACAGGAGUUUUGGAGGAAUGCAACCACCGGCAAAAUGGAAAAUGUAGCCAUACCAGUUACUGCUGGAAUAUCAGUGGCUUGAUUCAGAGAUACAAAUGCCAACAGGAGAGUAUUCAGGAUGGCUUCGUAAGUGGGAGCUAAUAAGAUAGUCUCAGCAGAAAGACCUGCCGCACCAAUCCAGAAGUAAAUAAUCAAGAGUGAGAUCAUGGAUUUUAUAACAGAUGGCCAAAGCUCCCACUCUGUUAAUCGCUUUCUCUAGACAAAAGUAACAUGUGCUGGCAAUGGAUGUCUAUAGUCUUUAAAACAAUCCUGCACCAUCCGGAGAAACUUAUGUUGUUUCCCUGUUUGCAUCCUUAAAACAGUGGGGAAAUGGCCAGAAAAGCUGGUGUUGUAAUGAAGGAGAGGUCAGAUGUAGAUUAUGCAUGUGGAACUGACAGCAUUCCUCAAAGUCUGUUUUUUUUCGUUCCAUGUAUUACAUGCUAAUUUAACUGGGUUGACAUUGCAAACAUUCAUGUCCUCAGCCAUCUACUCCCUAUUGCUUUGUCUGAGCUGCCUGCAGCAAUACAUUCCCACCCCCACAUUGGCCUCUCUGAUUCCAGAGGCCUCAUGGGUUGAAACUGGAUCAGGGAAGAACUGUCAGUGUCCUUUUGGCUUCUUAGGAUUGUACUCGCAGAGCAGAGAAGAAUGAGGGCAGCAGGAAGUCACUCUGAUAUCGCCUCGGAUGGAUAAUUUGUUGUCCUGCUGGGUCAAAUAUUGACUAUAGAGUCUUUUUACAGCUUUUGCAGUUGCUGGCAUAUUUGUGUUCUCUAAGACAAAAGUAUC